AUGGGUCACGGUGGUAUGGGUUGUGGAAUGAAGACGAUACGUUUCGUAAUGGUCGUCAUCAAUAUCUUUUUUUUCUUAAUUGGUCUUGCAUUACUGGCUGUUGGCAUUUAUGUCAUGGUUGAUCCAUCGUUGCAAAAGAUUCAAAAGAUCUUUCCAAUAGAUGCAAACGUUGAAAAUGGAUUUUCGUAUUUGAAAGCAGUUGCCAUUGUAGUUAUCGUGCUGGGUGGCAUUCUCGUGAUUAUUGGAUUUCUUGGAUGUUGUGGUGCUAUGAAACAAGUGAAACUAUUUCUUAUCUUAUACGCAAUCAUUAUCGGAUUUAUCAUCCUUUUCGAAGUGGCAAUAACGAUCUAUUUUACUGCCUUUAGAUCCAAAUUUGAAGAGCAGAUCAAACCUAAAUUAAAAGAUGCCAUUCGCGAUCUGUAUGAAGGCCCAUUAGGAUUAAUCUCUAAUACAAACGUAUCAAAACCUGGGUCGCUUUCAGUCGCUUGGGAUUUUCUCAUGUACAAUUUCGAAUGCUGUGGUGUUGACAGUAAAGAUGAUUUUAAUAGUACGACGAAAUGGAAUCGAACGAAUAUUUGGUGGACUUCAUCAAUGGGCAAUAAUUACCGCACUUUUGCAUAUCCAUUAACAUGCUGUAACUCAAAAAAUGGUAGUUCGAAUAAUUGGAAUGACUUUAGUGGGACUCAAUUACAGUCCAGCUCGACGUGCGCUGUUACCGGAGUUGGCGUUUAUCAACAAGGUUGUUACACCAAAUUCAUGGACUUGUUAAACACCUACAAAACUUGGAUCAUUGUCGGUGCCGUCGUCAUUCUACUGAUCGAGUUACUGGCAUUUAGUUUUACAAUUGCCUUGUGCUGUCGCAAGAAAAAGGAGACUGCGUAUUAUUCAUCUUAA